AUGUCAGCUGGUAGGCAACUAGCAACUUGUGAUCUGCCAGUCACACAAGUAACUGCUCAUCAUCUCUGUUGGGUCUACUACACAUCUGGCUCGACGGGUCGGCCCAAGGGAGUCUUGUGCGAGCACCGCAAUGCGCUAGCCUACGUCCGGAACCACCCUUUCUACUCUGAGAUGUCGGAGAGCGCAAGGAAACGAGGAGAGGAAAAGCGCAAGAGAAUUCUGUGCGCCAGCGCUUUCACCUUCGACCCUUCUUCCGGGGAUAUCUUCGCUGCUCUGUGCCAUGGCGACGUGCUCUGUCUUUCAAGCCGAUCGAAGCUGAUGGUAGACUUUGGUGAGACAAUCCUGAGCUGUGGCGCGACCCAUGUGUGUAGCACUCCCAUCCUAUGGCGGACCAUCCAGGAGCCGGUAGACAAGUAUACAGAGCUAGAGGUCGUUGCUCUUGGGGGGGAGGCGAUGCCACGGGAGCUGGUGGAGAAGUGGGCAGAUCGUGUUUGUCUGUUGAAUGUUUACGGGACGACGGAAGCGACUGUCUACCAGACGAUGAGGAAGAUGGAGGUCGGAGACAACCCGAGGAUGAUCGGCAGACCUCUGACUGGAGUUCUGGUGAAGGUGAUCGGUGAGGAUGGAGAGGAGGCUAAGGAAGGGGAGACGGGCGAGUUGCAUGUGGGAGGAGAGCAGGUAUCGCGCGGUUAUCUUGGACUACCUGAGUUGACUGAGAGCAAAUUCUACUCGCAAGAAACAAGAUUCUACAGGACAGGAGAUCUGUUCCGUGUACUUGGAAGUGACAUGGAGUUCAUCGGUCGUCUUGAUUCACAAGUGAAGCUGAUGGGA